AUGAGGGCAGCAUCAGCAUUUCCCAGAAUUGCUGACGCCAGUAUCCAGCACUCAUGCUGUGACAACAUCCCUUCUCCUCUCCCCUCCAGCCAAUUGCGUUACACCGCCGUCGUCGUCGUCGUCGCCGCCGCCGCCGCCGCCGCCGCCGCCGCCACUAAUGGCUCUCCGGAAGGCCAGUCUCCGGAAGGCCAGUCUCCGGAAGGCCAGUCUCCGGAAGGCCAGUCUCCGGAAGGCCAGUCUCCGGAAGGCCAGUCUCCGGAAGGCCAGUCUCCGGAAGGCCAGUCUCCGGAAGGCCAGUCUCCGGAAGGCCAGUCUCCGGAAGGCCAGUCUCCGGAAGGCCAGUCUCCGGAAGGCCAGUCUCCGGAAGGCCAGUCUCCGGAAGGCCAGUCUCCGGAAGGCCAGUCUCCGGAAGGCCAGUCUCCGGAAGGCCAGACUCCGGAAGGCCAGUCUCCGGAAGGCCAGUCUCCGGAAGGCCAGUCUCCGGAAGGCCAGUCUCCGGAAGGCCAGUCUCCGGAAGGCCAGUCUCCGGAAGGCCAGUCUCCGGAAGGCCAGUCUCCGGAAGGCCAGUCUCCGGAAGGCCAGUCUCCGGAAGGCCAGUCUCCGGAAGGCCAGUCUCCGGAAGGCCAGUCUCCGGAAGGCCAGUCUCAGGAAGGCCAGUCUCCGGAAGGCCAGUCUCCGGAAGGCCAGUCUCCGGAAGGCCAGUCUCCGGAAGGCCAGUCUCCGGAAGGCCAGUCUCCGGAAGGCCAGUCUCCGGAAGGCCAGUCUCCGGAAGGCCAGUCUCCGGAAGGCCAGUCUCCGGAAGGCCAGUCUCCGGAAGGCCAGUCUCCGGAAGGCCAGUCUCCGGAAGGCCAGUCUCCGGAAGGCCAGUCUCCGGAAGGCCAGUCUCCGGAAGGCCAGUCUCCGGAAGGCCAGUCUCCGGAAGGCCAGUCUCCGGAAGGCCAGUCUCCGGAAGGCCAGUCUCCGGAAGGCCAGUCUCCGGAAGGCCAGUCUCCGGAAGGCCAGUCUCCGGAAGGCCAGUCUCCGGAAGGCCAGUCUCCGGAAGGCCAGUCUCCGGAAGGCCAGUCUCCGGAAGGCCAGUCUCCGGAAGGCCAGUCUCCGGAAGGCCAGUCUCCGGAAGGCCAGACUCCGGAAGGCCAGUCUCCGGAAGGCCAGUCUCCGGAAGGCCAGACUCCGGAAGGCCAGUCUCCGGAAGGCCAGUCUCCGGAAGGCCAGUCUCCGGAAGGCCAGUCUCCGGAAGGCCAGUCUCCGGAAGGCCAGUCUCCGGAAGGCCAGUCUCCGGAAGGCCAGUCUCCGGAAGGCCAGUCUCCGGAAGGCCAGUCUCCGGAAGGCCAGUCUCCGGAAGGCCAGUCUCCGGAAGGCCAGUCUCCGGAAGGCCAGUCUCCGGAAGGCCAGACUCCGGAAGGCCAGUCUCCGGAAGGCCAGUCUCCGGAAGGCCAGUCUCCGGAAGGCCAGUCUCCGGAAGGCCAGUCUCCGGAAGGCCAGACUCCGGAAGGCCAGUCUCCGGAAGGCCAGUCUCCGGAAGGCCAGUCUCCGGAAGGCCAGUCUCCGGAAGGCCAGUCUCCGGAAGGCCAGUCUCCGGAAGGCCAGACUCCGGAAGGCCAGACUCCGGAAGGCCAGACUCCGGAAGGCCAGUCUCCGGAAGGCCAGUCUCCGGAAGGCCAGUCUCCGGAAGGCCAGUCUCCGGAAGGCCAGACUCCGGAAGGCCAGUCUCCGGAAGGCCAGUCUCCGGAAGGCCAGACUCCGGAAGGCCAGUCUCCGGAAGGCCAGUCUCCGGAAGGCCAGUCUCCGGAAGGCCAGUCUCCGGAAGGCCAGUCUCCGGAAGGCCAGUCUCCGGAAGGCCAGUCUCCGGAAGGCCAGUCUCCGGAAGGCCAGUCUCCGGAAGGCCAGUCUCCGGAAGGCCAGUCUCCGGAAGGCCAGUCUCCGGAAGGCCAGUCUCCGGAAGGCCAGUCUCCGGAAGGCCAGUCUCCGGAAGGCCAGUCUCCGGAAGGCCAGUCUCCGGAAGGCCAGUCUCCGGAAGGCCAGUCUCCGGAAGGCCAGUCUCCGGAAGGCCAGUCUCCGGAAGGCCAGUCUCCGGAAGGCCAGUCUCCGGAAGGCCAGUCUCCGGAAGGCCACCACUUAUCUACGAAGGAGUUCCUCAUGCUCCUCGAGGAUAUUCAUUUGAUAACACAUGAACUUGCUCUGUUAGAGCAGCAACAGACUCAGCAGCAGUAG